AUGACUGCACACAAAGGUGCCCUCAGCCCCCGGGGGGCGGGGGCAUCCAAGGUCAUCCAGCCUCCUUCCGUCCCCCGCCUGGUGCUGUCUCCACCGCCUCUGCGUGCCCAGCCCCCACUCCCUGGCCACGGUCCAGCCUGCUGGCCCUGCUCCACAGAGAGACGAAUGAGUGAGGGUGGGGUGGCUGGCCUGCAUGCUGCUCUGGAGCAGCGUGCAGGCGGCAUGGGCGUGUGCUGGCUGCUGUCCCAGAGCCUGGAGUUAAACUCUCCAGCUGACAACUACACCGUGUGCGAAGGCGACAACGCCACCCUCAGCUGCUUCAUCGACGAGCAUGUGACCCGCGUGGCCUGGCUGAACCGCUCCAACAUCCUGUACGCGGGCAACGACCGCUGGACCAGUGACCCGCGGGUGCGGCUGCUCAUCAACACACCCGAGGAGUUCUCCAUCCUCAUCACCCAGGUGGGACUCGGCGAUGAGGGCCUGUACACCUGCUCCUUCCAGACCCGCCACCAGCCGUACACCACUCAGGUCUACCUCAUUGUCCACGUCCCCGCCCGCAUUGUGAACAUCUCCUCGCCUGUGACGGUGAAUGAGGGGGGCAGUGUGAAUCUGCUUUGUCUGGCCGUGGGGCGGCCGGAGCCCACAGUCACCUGGAGGCAGCUCCGAGAUGGCUUCACCUCCGAGGGCGAGAUCCUGGAGAUUUUCGACAUCCAGCGGGGCCAGGCCGGCGAAUAUGAGUGUGUGACUCACAACGGGGUUAACUCCGCGCCCGACAGCCGUCGCGUGCUGGUCACAGUCAACUAUCCUCCGACCAUCACUGACGUGACCAGCGCCCGCACGGCCCUGGGCCGCGCCGCCCUCCUGCGCUGCGAGGCCAUGGCGGUGCCGCCGGCAGAUUUCCAGUGGUACAAGGAUGACAGACUGCUGAGCAGCGGCACGGCCGAGGGCCUGAAGGUGCAGACGGAGCGUACCCGCUCGAUGCUUCUGUUCGCCAACGUGAGCGCCCGGCAUUAUGGCAACUACACAUGUCGCGCCGCCAACCGGCUCGGAGCGUCCAGCGCCUCCAUGCGUUUGGGGCGCCCAGGAUCCCUGGAAAACUCGGCCCCGAGGCCCCCAGGGCCCCUGACCCUCCUCUCUGCCCUGAGCUGGCUGUGGUGGAGGAUGUAG